CUUCUCUUCGACAGUUCGACUCUUUAGUCUUCAGUCUUCACUCUUCACUCUUCACUCUUCUCUGUUCUCUUUUCUCCCUCUCACAGUCUCACGCAGUUCGCUCCGACGCUCGGCUCUCCCUCACCAACGGCGACGGUCGGCUCUCCCUCACCGAUGGCGACGCUCGGAACUCUGUGCUCCGGUGCUCCUUCUCUCUGCGACGUUUGGAUCUGGAAAAUCUUUUCCAGAUUCUCAUAGUUCAUUUCAUGCUUGUACGUGUGUGUGCAUGCUUGAUGGGAAUGGGGAGUUACAGCCAGGUUCAAGGAGAAGAUCUAGGCUGUAAGUGUCAUAAAUGAAGAAACAGGCUGUAAAACUAUAAAAGAUGGCAAAUAGAAGGAAAGGAAAAGAAGUUGCUUCAGAUUCUCCUGCAAUAGGCUCUUCAUGUAGUGUGGAUGUGAAUGAAAGUGAUGUUUCAAAGCCUUCUACACUAUCUGGUGAAGCAUUAGCAUCCGAAGAACAACCACUAUGGAAGAAAAUGAAAGCGGUCACAAAAAAUGUGGGCAGUGGCGGUGGUGGAAAUGUGCAUUUCGUAUGCAAACAUUGUGAAAAUACACAUGUAGGAUCUUACACAAGAAUUAAGGCACAUUUGUUGAAGUUGCCAGGUCAUGGAAUUCAAGGAUGUAAAAAAUUUCUACAGAAAAAGCUCGAGAGUUCAAGAGGUUGCAAGAUCGUGCUGAUGAAAUACACAACAAGAAGAAAACAAGUAUUAUUGUGACAAAUCUUAAAAGUUCUAAUAGGAAAAGAAAGACUAUAGAGACAUGUUUUGAUUCUUGCGGAAGCGCAGAAAUAGAUAAAGUGAUUGCUAAGUUUUUCUAUUCUAGUUGCAUUCCUUUCAAUGUAUCCAGAAAUCCAUAUUGGAAGAAAGCUUGUAGUAUGCUUGCAAAUAGCAAAUUAUCAGGAUAUCUACCUCCCGGUUCAAAAAGGUUAUGCACAUCACUUCUUCAUAAUGAAAAAAAUGAGGUUGAACAAAGUUUAGAAAGAAAAAAGUUUAAAUGGAACACGACUGGGGUAUCAAUUGUUUCUGAUGGGUGGACAGAUAUUCAAAGACGUCCACUAAUUAAUUUCAUUGUCAUUGCACGUGAUGAACCAAUAUUUUUGAAAGCAGUUGAUGCGUCUGGAGAAUAUAAAGAUGCAGGAUAUUUGAAGCAAUUAUUUGUAGAAGCCAUCAAGGAGCUUGGUCCUGAUAAAGUGGUGCAACUCAUUACAGACAAUGAUGCUGUAUGCAAAAGUGCUGGACUUAGUUUGAGGUAUGAUUUUCCACAUAUUUUUUGGACUCCAUGUGUUGCACAUACUUUGAAUUUAGCACUGAAGGACAUAUGUAAUCCUCCAAGUGAAGAUGUAGAUCCUAAGGGACAUGAGCUAUUCUCAUGGAUUCAAGAGAUUGAAAAAGAUGUAAGAAAUAUUAGAAAUUUCAUCGUUAAUCAUCAACAUGCAUUGUCUCUUUUUAGUAGUUAUUCUGAUUUGAGAUUGUUAAAGGUUGCAGAGACACGAUUUGCUUCAAUAAUUGUCAUGUUGAAAAGAAUUCAAAGAGUGCAAGAUGCACUUAUUCAAAUGGUAUUUAGUAGAGAGUGGAGCUUUUAUCGGGUUGAAGAUGAGGCUAAAGUUCAAAGUAUUAAAAACCUUAUUGUUGAAGAUACAUGGUGGGAAAAAAUUGUAUAUUUUUUGGAUUUUACAGAACCAAUUUGGUGCAUGUUGAGAGCUGUUGAUAAAGAUGAGCCUAUGCUUCAUCGAGUUUACGCAAUGUGGGAAAAUAUGAUUGAAGAAAUUCAGAGUAAAAACAGUUUUUAAGAAAGAAAAAAAGACAUUGUACUUGAUAAUUCAGAGUUCUUUGAUCGUAUAAGUACAAUAUUAGUUGAAAGAUGGGAUAAAAGCAAUACUCCCUUGCAUUGCAUUGCAUGGCUCAUUCCUUAAAUCUUAAACAUUACACGAAAAAAUGGAUUGAAGGAGCUCCUGGACGUGUUACUCCACAUCUAGAUAUUGAGUUAAACAUUCAAAGAAUGUCAUGUAUGGACAGAUUUUUUAUAGAUUCUUAUACCAAACAACAAGCUAUGUGUGAAUAUAACAAGUUUUCUUUAGGAGAUUUUUAUUCAGAAGGUGCGGCACAAGCAAGAGAAGACAUGAGUCCUUUUGAUUGGUGGGCGUCCUAUGGAUCAGAAAUGCCCGUGCUUCAUAAACUUGCUUUGAGGUUACUAUCACAACCUGUUACAUCAUCGUGUUGUGAAAGAAAUUGGAGCAUAUAUGGUCAUAUACACAACAUUAAAAGGAACAAGCUCACUAGCCAACGUGCAGAGGACUUGGUUUAUGUGCAUUCCAAUUUGCAUCUUCUUUCAAGAAAAGAUGCAGAAUACAGAUGUGGAUCAUCGCAAUAUUGGGAUGUAAAUUCAGAUGAAUUUGGUUUCGAUGGAGAACGCAACUUAUAUGUUGCUAAUAUGGAUUUUUCUGAUCGUGUUAUUCCUGCUGAGAGAUUUGAUGAUGAUGAUAUCGUUCAAAGCAUUCAAAAAAAUCAAGAUAUUGGUGGAAGUGGAAGUGGAAGUGGAACAUAACUCUGUUUUAUUAAAGAUGAUGUAAUAUCUAAUAUGUAUUGAUGUAUGAACUAUGAAGUAUGAAGACAUUUGAUGAUGAAGGAUAUGUAUUGAUGACUGUAUGAACUGUGAACUCAAAACUAGAGUACAUUUGUUGUUAAAUGUUAAAUUGAUGAUAUAUAUUUCUUGUUGAAUGUUGAAUUGAUGAUA